GAGGUAGAAUACCCAUAGUCAGAUCUCCAGUUCCAUCGAUACAAGAAUUGGAAAAGCGAUUUUCAUGGUUGAAACCCGGUGGGCACUGGCAGCCAGAGUCAUGUCGAGUACUUAAACGUGUAGCUAUUGUCAUUCCAUUCCGAUGCCGUAGUGAACACCUUCUCGUCUUCCUCAGACACAUGCACCCUUUUUUGAAGAGGCAACAACUGGAUUACACAAUAUUCAUAAUAGAACAGCAUGGAGAUGGAGUCUUCAAUAGAGCUAUGUUGAUGAAUAUUGGAUAUAAGGAGGCUCUGAAUAUGAGCCAUUUCGACUGUUUCAUUUUUCAUGACAUCGAUUUGUUACCUGAAGAUGAUAGAAAUUUAUAUACUUGUCCUGAUCAACCAAGACAUAUGAGCGUAGCAGUUGAUAUUUUUAAAUAUAGGUUACCUUAUCCAGCUAUUUUUGGAGGAGUCAGUGCUAUAAGUACAGAACAUUUCAAACUUCUGAACGGAUUUUCGAAUUCCUUUUGGGGUUGGGGAGGAGAAGAUGAUGAUAUGUCAAAUCGCAUAAGAUUUCACAAUCUACACAUUUCAAGAUAUCCAUUGACGAUAGCCCGAUAUACAAUGCUCACACAUAAGAAGGACAAACCUAGUCCAAACAGGUACGAUGUCUUGAAACAAGGACAGAAAAGAUUCGAUUUGGAUGGUUUGAAUAACUUAAAAUAUAAACUGAUGAUGAGAAAAUCUAAGUUGUUGUACACAUGGAUUUUGGUAGGCAUUGAACCACCUAGCUGAUAACGUAGUACCGAGUUUUGAAUUGUUACAAAAGCUUCGUGAUAAACUGCAGUCUGUCAGAUUGCAGGUACUUAAAAGUUAUUUUGAAAGUUAAUCUUUCAAAAUAAUGUGAUCAACUCUAAAUUCUCAGCCAUUAUAUUUCAGUCAUUAUUGUAGUGAUGAAUGAGAGUGAUCACAUGUAGUAGUAGGGAUGCAAAUUCUUCCUGCAGGAUACUAACUGCAAUGACAAACCAGACGAUCAAUAUUGGCAACAUUAUUUUUAUUAACUCUCUUUUAAUAUUAUGAAUUAUAAUUUCAUAUUCAGUUAUUAUAGAAUGUAGCAAAAAGAUCAACCAAACAAGAGUAUUAUUGCUGCAUAAAACAUUAUAGUGAAUAGAUUUAAAAAACAAUAACUUAUGUGAUUCCUUUAUCUAAGGUGAAGUAUUCUAUUGAGAUAAUUAAUUUUAUAAAUUUCCCAGGCUUAUUUGUAUAUAAUUUUCUAAUAACAAACUACCAGUUCCCUUCAACUACAUGACAGUGAUAAAAAACUUCACAUGAGUAUCACAAAUUUACUACAACCUAUAGUUUGUAUCAUGUGACGUUAACUCUCAAUGUUCGACUCAAUUUUAAAUAUAAAAUAAUUUUCUCAUCCUUUCAAAUGGAUGAAAAAAAUGAAUUUUGAUGAUCGCGCAUACUUGAUAACAAUUGUGAGGAAAUUAUGAAAAACUGCAUGGAAUCGGUUGCUGAAAGGUCUGCCACUCACGAUUUUAAAACAGAAAUGAAUGUGUAUGAGAGUCAAAACUUAAAGUAGUUGUGAUAUCUAAUUUUCUGAUAGCAAGAUUCAUUUGAAAAAUGAAUUAACUCUUCAUUUUACAUUUCACAACUAGACAAGUCUAGCUGUAAAACUCCAGACAUCACCAGAAGA